ACAGCCCAGAGCGGCCGCGUGUCCGAGGCCAGGUGCCCUCUAGGGCCGGGUGCUGCCGCCGCUGUCCGCUCCUGCUGUCCCGCAGCUGCCCUUGGAGCCCUCCCCACCCCCGCCAGGCAGCCCCGAGUUGGGGGAGGGCACGAUCUGGGAAGGAGUCGGCAGCUGGCGCCAGGGCGGCCGGAGGAUGCCGAGGGGCCGGAGCCGGGCGGGCCCGAGGCCGAGGCGCGCGCUGUCCCCCGCCCCUACCCCGUGAGCCCCGCCGGCCACCGAGGCGCUGCUGCUGGGCCCGCCAUCCCCGGGGCUGUCCUGGGGGCUCCCGCAUUCUGCACUGCUGAGUCCCUUCCCUCCCUGCGGCGCUGCGUGUGGCCGCGGCCACCUCCGCCCAGAUCCCGAGCCGCUGCCGCUGCCGCCGGCCAUGGAGGUGGCGCCGGAGCAGCCGCGCUGGAUGGCGCACCCCGCAGUGCUGAAUGCUCAGCACCCCGACUCGCACCACCCGGGCCUGGCGCACAACUACAUGGAGCCGGCGCAGCUGCUGCCCCCCGACGAAGUGGACGUCUUCUUUAAUCACCUCGAUUCGCAGGGCAACCCCUACUACGCCAACCCGGCCCAUGCGCGGGCCCGCGUCUCCUACAGCCCGGCGCACGCUCGCCUGACCGGAGGGCAGAUGUGUCGCCCUCACCUGUUGCACAGCCCAGGAUUGCCCUGGCUGGAUGGGGGGAAAGCAGCCCUGUCUGCCGCCGCUGCACACCACCACAACCCCUGGACCGUGAGCCCCUUUUCCAAGACACCGCUGCACCCCUCAGCUGCUGGAGGUCCUGGAGGCCCGCUCUCCGUAUACCCAGGGGCGGCUGGUGGCAGCGGGGCAGGCAGCGGGAGCUCGGUGGCGUCUCUCACCCCCACCGCAGCCCACUCCGGCUCCCAUCUCUUCGGCUUCCCACCCACGCCACCCAAAGAAGUGUCUCCCGACCCCAGUACCACGGGAGCAGCCUCCCCAGCCUCCUCUUCGGCCGGGGGGAGCGCAGCCCGGGGGGAGGACAAGGACGGUGUCAAGUACCAGGUGUCACUGACGGAGAGCAUGAAAUUGGAAGGCGGCAGCCCUCUGCGCCCAGGCCUAGCCACCAUGGGCACCCAGCCUGCGACACACCACCCCAUCCCCACCUACCCCUCCUAUGUGCCCGCCGCUGCGCACGAAUAUGGCAGCGGACUGUUCCACCCAGGAGGCUUCCUGGGAGGCCCAGCCUCCAGCUUCACCCCCAAGCAGCGCAGCAAGGCACGAUCCUGCUCAGGCCGGGAGUGUGUCAACUGUGGGGCCACGGCCACUCCACUGUGGCGGCGAGAUGGGACCGGUCACUACCUAUGCAAUGCCUGCGGGCUCUACCACAAGAUGAAUGGGCAGAACCGACCACUGAUCAAACCCAAGCGGAGACUGUCGGCCGCCAGGAGAGCCGGCACCUGUUGUGCGAAUUGUCAGACGACAACCACCACCUUAUGGCGCCGGAACGCCAACGGGGACCCGGUGUGCAAUGCCUGUGGCCUCUACUACAAGCUGCACAAUGUUAACAGACCGCUGACCAUGAAGAAGGAAGGGAUCCAGACCCGGAAUCGGAAGAUGUCCAACAAGUCCAAGAAGAGCAAGAAGGGCGCUGAGUGCUUCGACGAGCUGUCCAAGUGCAUGCAGGAGAAGGCGUCCCCCUUCAGCGCCGCCGCCCUGGCCGGACACAUGGCCCCCGUGGGUCACCUCCCGCCCUUCAGCCACUCGGGACACAUCCUGCCCACCCCCACGCCCAUCCACCCUUCCUCCAGCCUCUCCUUUGGCCACCCCCACCCCUCCAGCAUGGUGACCGCCAUGGGCUAGGGACAGCCUCCCGCUGGACAGACAGACCGAGGUGGACGAGGGUGGUCAUCCCAGGCUGGGGACAGGGACCCAAACCUGGCUGUCCCCGCUUUCCCUGGAGAGGACACCAAGCCCGCCAGCCCAGCUGGGGCCCAGGGCCACCUCGCCUCUGAAGGUCCCCCCAGCCCCCAGCAGCCUGUCCCCAAAUUACUGUGAAUAUUUCCACCUGGGCUGGGAGGUGGCCAAGUGGGACAGACCGGGUGGCGGGUCCUUCGUGGACGAUCGUUCAGAGAGCAAAGAAAGAGGACUUUAUGGCGAGAGGAGGGGGACAGGGUCAGGAAAAGACAAAAAACAAAAGAAAUCAUUUUUUGAAGGAAAAAGAAAUAGGCAAAAAUAAUUUAUUUUGCUCUAACAAGGACGAGGGGACAUGGAGGUCUCAGGGGACCGGCAGCCUCUGGACAGCCUGUCCCCUUGCCACCGGGCGGGGGGCAGAUCUGUGGGAGCCUCAGCCUGCGCCCGCGUCUCCUCUGGCUGCUCUCCCUGAAACAGCUCAAGUCCAGACUCGGCCUCAGCCAAGGCCAAGGGCGGCCGGUGGCCAUGGUGUGUACCCUGCCGGCUGCUGCCGGGCCCUGGACGGCAGAGACAAUCGCGGGCGGUCCUGCAAAGAUUCCCAGGCCAGGGCUGGGUCACAGGAAGGAAACAACAUUUUCUUGAAAGGGGAAACGUCUCCCAGAUUGCUCCCUCGGCUUUGAAGGCCAAAGCUAGAAAGGCCCCGUAUGUGCCCUUCAUGGGCCCAAGCCACAACAGCCUCCAUUCUCUGCCAGGUAGACCUCUGUAAAUACAUCCUUUUUCUGAUCACUUCCCCUCCCCUUCCCAUUCUGAGUCAAAGAAGAAACUAUUAAAAAAUGAAAACAGAACCGCACAGGUUUAACUCACCCGAUGAGUGAGUCGUCUUAUUUGGAAACUCUUUUUUGGGGUCCAGUCAAUCAUCCGUGACCACAGGAGCCCUGCCCUAAGGAAUAAAACCAAGGGAAGGCGGGCAGGUUUCUUUCUGGAAAAGCUCUUGGAUCCCACAAGUCCUAGCUGGGAGACCCGAAAGCGGGGGACUGCUCUUGGUUUCUGGGGGGCUGGCAGGUUGGUUGGUGGGAUCUGAACUCAGCAGGCAUGGGGGGGUGGCCAUGUCCCCACUGGGGUCCCCGAGUUCUGCUCUGCUGUGGCCCUCUGGACCCCUCCAAGGUACAGUUGUACAUAGACACGUCCGAAGCGUAGAGUGGUGGUGCAGCCACCGGCCAGGGGACCGUCCCCCGUCCCCAGCCCUGGAAGACGCUGUGCUGAUUGAGUCCACCAAUGGCAAUGUCCAUUGCGGCGCCACCGGAAGUAACUUAUUUUGUACUAGUAUCCGCCUACGAGAAAGAAUCGGCAGUAUUUUCUGUUUUUAUGUUUUAUUUGGCUCGUUUUAUUUUGGAUUAGUGAACUAAGUUAUUGUUAAUUAUGUACAACAUUUAUAUAUUGUCUGUAAAGAAUUGUAUGCUAUCCGCCUCUCCUUUAAAGUGAAUACUGUUAAGAAUAAUAAAAUACUUUUUUGUGAA